UUUUCCCUUCCUUCAAUAUUCCGUCUUUUCAAUUUCAUUUCUCCUUUUAAACUUCGCUUUGAAAACACUACCUCUAGUUAUUCCACUAAUGAUGGACUCGCACAAGCUAGUGCAUCUCUCCCCCCUCCUCUGUCUUCUCCUAGUUCUACAUCUCUCAGGACAAGCAGAGUCUCUUCUUAAACAUGAUGAUGCUCCAACAAAAUUGUUCGUUUUUGGAGACUCCUAUGCUGACACAGGCAACAUCAGGAAAGGGUUGGCUAAUUCAUGGAAAGACCCUUACGGCGUCACCUUCCCCGGCAAGCCUGCCGGUCGAUUCUCCGACGGCAGAGUCCUCACCGAUUACAUUGCAAAGUAUUUGAAGGUGAAAUCACCAGUCCCUUACAGAUUGAGGAAACUGAUGCCGCAACAUCUGAAAUAUGGAAUGAACUUUGCAUUCGGUGGAAGUGGUGUCUUUGAUACGUCAGUUCCAGCUCCAAACAUGACAACCCAGAUUGAUUUGUUGCAACAAGUCAUCAGUUACAAAGUCUACACCGCCUCAGAUCUCGCCAACUCGGUGGCAUUCCUUUCUGUCGCUGGAAAUGACUAUAGUCAAUACUUGGCCAUCAAUGGCUCUGUUCAGGGUUUACCAUCAUUCGUGGCCCAAGUGAUUAACCAGACAACAACCAACAUGAUCCGCAUCCAACGGCUGGGAGUGAAGAAAGUAGUCGUGGGCAGCCUCCAACCCGUUGGAUGCCUCCCUCAGAUGACAGCCCAAUCCUCCUUCCAACACUGCAACGACACCUCCAACAACCUUGUACUCCUCCACAACACCCUCUUGAACCAAGCCGUGACCGUACUGAACCACAACAACACUUCGAGCUUCGUGGUUCUUAACAUAUACGAGAGCUUCUUGUCGGUGCUGAACCACCCAACCACACACAACAUUCAGAGCCAGUUGAAACCCUGCUGUGUUGGUGUGAGUAGUGAGUACUCGUGUGGGAGCGUGGAUCAGAACAAUGUGAAGAAGUAUCAGGUUUGUGAUGAGCCCAAGUCAUCGUUUUUUUGGGAUAUGGUGCACCCUACGGAGGCUGGGUGGCGAGCAGUUUAUAACAAGUUGAGAACCAUGAAUGCUCUUCAACAGAUCCAUGUUUACUAGCUUGGAGGUCAAGAAGCUAUAGUCCUUGUUUGCUGCUAUAUGUGUUGCUUUUUGGCUUGUUAAUCAGUUGUCAUUGUCAAAGCUAAGAUUGACUUAAUAAUUGUUCUUUUUGUUUUGUGUUAAAUAAUUCAUGCACGCCCCCUUUGUUUUGUUGUUGUUAAAUUAGUUGCUAACUUUUGUUUGUAAUCAUUCAUCAAACUCCUUUUCGGAAUGUGUAUAGAAAUUGAUAAUUUAUGAUUGAGCAACUCUUUGAAUGGGGGAUUA